AUGCAAUUUUGGCUCGCCGCUCAGCUCAAACGCUCGUUUGGACUCGUGCAAUGUAACAUGCCGUUUUUUAAGUUUCCAGGUACAACAAGACCAAAGAGGACAGUGCGACUUUGGAGAGUAAACGAUCAGAAAAGUCUGAAGAAUGGUUCACGAGCUCGGAUUUACUGGCCCAUCAAGGAUCAAGGCUUGCAGGACACGGGGGUGAACGCGAGCAGAGCAUAUAACGUGAACUCGUGCUACAAAGGUGAAUGGAGGGACAAUAAGCGACAUGGAUUCGGCAUCCAGACAUACGGCGACGGUAGCACAUACGAGGGUCAGUGGUGUGAAGACCGGAGGCAUGGGGAGGGGAUAAUGUGGGAAAAACUUCCCACAUCCGACUUGUACCGGAGAGCCUAUUGCGGCCAGUGGCAGAGAGACAAACAGUGGGGCGAAGGAGAGGCACUUGAGGCGGACGGGGGAAGGUACGCUUACUUUGACCGUAAUGCAGCUUUUUCCACCACAUUAGCAAGUGGAGGCAAAGUACAGCCCUCAAGGCGGCGCGAAAAAACAUUUUGCAAGGAAGGGGACACCGAUGAUAGUGGUGCCACUGAGCAGAGUAAUGCGCUCCUGCGAGACAAAACUAUUCACUCUACGAGCUGCACUUUGUGUGCACAUGGAUGCAUACUAUUCAUACAGACAAAUUCAAACUUGCAAACACCUGUACGUGUCCCCCCCGUUGACCACGUUGAAGGCAGGAAACCAGGUCUGUGA